AUGGCUUCAGUUCUUCAUGUCAUCUUUCUCAUCGGUCUGAGCUUCGCGUUCUGGACGACUGGUGACUGUUGCCCUGGUGGUUGGACUCAGUAUGGAAGUCGCUGUUUCUACUUUUGUAAUUACCAAGCUGACUGGGCGAACGCCGAGCGUUACUGCACAGCACUCGGUGCAAACCUGGCCUCCUUCCACAGUUACUAUGAGUACAUCUUCCUGAAGGACCUGGUCAGAACCAAGAAAGGAUCCUGGGAGAGAACCUGGAUCGGAGGCCAUGACGCCGUCAGGGAGAGUGUGUGGAUGUGGAGCGACGGGUCAACGUUCAACUACUGGCGGUGGGGCAGCGGGGAACCGAACGGAGGUGGCAGAGAAAACUGCAUGGAGAUCAACCUGAAAGGAUCUCAACAAUACAUCAACGAUGAAGGCUGCAGCAGAAAUAAUUACUUCAUCUGUGCUAAAAAAGCCUAACUUGAAGGUGACCUUGUGACCUUCUCACUGGUGAUGUCACUUCCUCCAGGACGUCAGGCCUCGAUGGCGUCGCUGCUGGAAGACACGGAUAAAUAAAGUCAAAUAAACUCAUAAAUAAACAGUU